AUGUCAAAAGCGAUAAAGCAAAAUUUGGCGGAUUCGAAAAAGAUGAGCGCAGAAUUAUUCUGUCUCACUUAUGGUGCAAUGGUCACUGAAAUGUUGAAGGACUACGAGGAUCCAAAGGAUGUAACUAUUCAAUUGGAUAAGAUGGGAUUUAAUAUGGGCACCCGCCUUGCCGACGACUUUCUUGCCAAAAACGCCAAUGUUCCACGAUGCGUUGACACUCGACAAAUCGCUGAUGUCCUGUGUCGAAAUGCGAUUCCCUGUUAUCUCGGAAUUUCAGCCACAGCUUCAUCGUGGACAAGUGGCGAUCGUGAAUUUACGAUUACACUUGAAGCGAAUCCACUUACGGAAUUAGUUCAGGUACCCGCACACCUUGUUUCGGCCGGUCUUUCCUACUCUCAACUGAUUGCUGGUGCAAUUCGUGGUGCUCUUGAAGCAGUUCACUUUAAAGUUUAUGCAUCAGCUACAGACACUGGUGCAAAUACGGAAAUCAGAAUUCGCUUCGAUCAAGUCUUGAAAGACAGCCUACCUGCCGGUGAAGAUGAUUAAAUAUAUGUGAUGGCUUGUUCAAAUUUUCUCAUUCCGAAAAGUUAUUUAUUGAAAAUAAAAUAUAUUGUAAUUAAA